GCCACACUCUCUCAACACAACCACCAUGGACGCAAAGCUCAAGGCACUCAAGGUUGUCGACCUCAAGGACAUCCUCGCAAAGGCCAACGUCUCCGUCCCCAGCAAAGCUAACAAACAGGACCUCAUCGCCCGUGUUCUUGCGUCUCCCGCCGCCCUCGAGGUCUACAAUGCCCAGCAUUCGCCUUCCAGACCUUCAAACCCGGCCAAAGGCGGGACUCUGCCACCCAUAGUCGACUCCACCUCCGUCCAGAGCGACGACCUGCUCGCUCCUCCUGAAGACGUGGACUGGAAUCUAGACGAUGUUCCGUCACAAGAGCCACCUGCGACUCAGACAACUGAAUCGACCCAGAAGACCGAGUCUACUCCCGCUCAUCCUAAUCUUUCAGAGUAUGCAUCUGAAGCAGUUCCAACAGUCGCGUCAUUGUCCCCCGCAAAACCGGCCACAGUGGCAGAAACAAAAUUCGCUACCACAGCUGCUCCUUCAUCUGAAUCUACGUCUCAGUCUGCUGAGAGAAAGUCAUCAGAGGAUGUGGAGCUGGAGAAGCGCAAGGCACGCGCGACGCGAUUCGAAGUACCCUUGGUCGAGCUAUCGAAGGCAAAGGCAAAGGCGGACGCAAAGCCAGCUGGGGCUGCAGCGACAGCGAGUGGUUCUGCAAAAUCAUCCAAGAAUACGCCUUCCGAUGACCCGGAGAAGCUGGCAGCCCGCGCCAAGCGGUUUGGUCUCGUUCAACAGCAGCAGCAACCGAAGCAACAGGGGGGAGCGGCACCAGCUGAGCAGAAUGGCCGGCGGACAAAUGGCAGGAAGCGUGCUGCACCCCCAGUCGAGAUUGUCGAUGCGGAAGAGAUGGAACGACGAAGGAAGCGUGCAGAGCGGUUCGGUAUGCCGGUAAUGGGCAGCACAAAGGUCUGAUUAAUGCAUUACGGAGGAGUAAUAUGAGGCUACUGCCUCCUUUGUCACUCAUGUCUUUGACUUUGUGCGAGUAUGUGCGAGCG